AGGAUAUAGUAUACAGUUUGACCAAAACAACCGACCAUUUGACAAAACAAAAUGAGUUAACUUUUGUAAAGAAUAAUGGACAUCCAGAAAGAGUCAUUGGUACAGCACGAUGAAAAUCAAACCGUGUAUGAUUCGGUUUAUGCUGAUCAGGAGGUAUCUGUUGUUGUCAAUGACGAUGGAACACCAGAUGUCACUGUUGUCAAAAAAACAAAAACAACCACACAGGAGACAAAGGUUUACAAACGACGCUGGUAUGUUUUGUUGGUAUUCUCUUUCGUUGCUAUGAUGCAAGGAGGACUGUGGAACACAUGGGGACCCAUUGCGGCGUCUAGCGAAGAAGCUUUUGACUGGACCGAUGGUGAUAUAGCAUUGUAUGCUAACUGGGGUCCUAUUGCCUAUUUGAUUGCGACUUUUCCAUUCGCUUGGCUUAUUGACACGAAAGGGCUAAGAUCUGCUACAUUGAUAGCAGCAGUAAUGGUUGCCACUGGAGCUGGCGUACGAUGUAUUACUGAUAAUCCAGAUUAUAUCAAAUGGACAGUCAACAUUGGACAGCUACUGAAUGGUCUAGCUGGUCCCGUUGCCAUGGGAGUUCCACCUGCACUCUCUGCUCGCUGGUUUCCUGUAAACGAAAGAACAACAGCAACAGCUAUCAGCUCCAUAUUAAACAGUCUUGGAGUCGGAAUAUCGUUUAUCAUAGGACCAUAUUUUGUGCCUGACAAACAAGACACUGGUAAUGCUACAGCUUAUAACUCAAGUAAUAUCAUGAAUAUCAAGCAUGACAGAUCUUUUUUCAACGUAAGCAUCACGAAUGGGUCAAGCAUACUUCAUGAGCGACAAGAAAUAAUGAAACUUAUGUACUGGGAAUGUGGCAUGUCCGUGUUGGCGUUGCUGCUUGUGAUUAUAUAUUUCCCAGAUAAACCCAAGCUACCACCAACUGUAUCAGCUUCUGUAGAGAGGAUAGAUUUUAAAGAAGGGGUAAAGCAAUUAAUGAGAAACGUAAAAUUUUGGAUGAUCUGUCUAACGUAUGGAGUGUCAUUAGGAGUUUAUAACUGUUGGCAGAGUGUCCUUGAUGUCAUACUUAAGCCUCAUGGAAUAUCUGAGGAUGAAGCAGGAUGGCUGGGAUUUUACUCAUUAGUAGCAGGAUGUGUUAUAACACUGGCUGUAGCUAAAUUUGCAGACGUCUUUGCCAAACAUAUGCGUCUAUUCCUGCUUGUCUUAUAUAUUGGUGGUUGUGGCAGUCUAGUAUGGUUUACCUUCUUACUUUUGGGGACCAUCCAUUCAUCUACAGUUCAGUUGUACAUGUCUAUCAUACUGCUAUCCAUGUUUCUGGGGUCCACGUCUCCGCUGUAUUUUGAGAUGGCCUGCGAGGCAACAUAUCCUGUAGCAGAAGGCGUUACCAAUUUAGUAUUAACGUUAGUAAACAAUAUAGGAGGUUUAAUAUUCUUAGUUGUACAGAUGGUGCCACAUAUUGGAACAAAAUGGGAGAACUGGUGUCUGUUAGGGGCUAUUGCAGCCUGUAUACCUGUCCUAGUGUUUUUGAAAGAAAAUUACAACAGACUUGAGAUAGACGAAACUGAGAUUAAUGUAGAUUAAAACUAAAUUAUCACUUCA